UUUCCCCCAAACCCCCCUUCUUUUUUUCGCAAUAAUCUUCUUCUUCAUCUUUCGAUCGCAGCCUAGGCCUUAGUCUCAUGUUUCUGCGGAUUCCAUCCCUUACUUUCUCUUAAUUCGCAGAAUCAGAGACAUUAUUGUAAUAUAAUAUAUUAAAAAGGUUUGGGGUUUGCUCCAUUCUCAAUAACCCCUAACAUUUUUCUUUGUUAUGAUAUUUGGGUUCUGAUAUCUUUCUUCACUUGGGGUGCAGUUCUUGGUUCCUGUCUCUGCAAGUUUCUUCGUCGACAUUCAGAGAAAAAAAACUGAAAUAAGAGAAGAAACCAAAACAAUUUUCUAUUUACAGAGGUGGUGGUGGGAAUUGUUGUUCAACUUCUCCCUUUUUUGCAUUCUUUCUUGUCCUUAUUUUUCGAUCUAGUGUCAGCGUGGCCAACUUUGGCCAUACUUUUUUCCAUGGGCUCCAAUUGAUGGGUGUUUCAUUAAAAUUUUCAGGCCAUUUUGCACCUUGUUUCGGAAGGUUGGGGUGGUACUCUGCAUCUUUGGACAUUAAAAGAUGUUGGGAGAUUUCGUGAACAGAUGCCUUCUGUUAUUUUUCGGGUAUGCAUACCCGGCAUUUGAAUGCUUCAAGUCGUCAGAGAAGAAUAAAAUCAACAUUGAAGAAGUCAAAUUCUGGUGCCAAUAUUGGAUUAUUGUGGCACUAAUCACUGUUUGUGAAAGGCUUGGUGACUUUUUCUUGUCUUGGUUGCCGUUUUAUGGCGAGGCGAAGUUGGGAUUUUUCAUAUGGCUAUGGUACCCGAAAACCAAGGGGACUUACUUUGUGUACAAUAACUUCUUGAAGCCAUAUGUGUCAAAGCAUGAGACAGAGAUAGACAGGAAGUUGCAAGAAGUCAAAGCCAGAGUUUGGGAUUUUGCCAUUUACUACUGGCAAAACUGCACCAAGUUGGGGCAAUCCACUUUCUUCCAGGUUCUAGAGCAGUUAGCUACGCAAUCUGGACGGUUUGGGAAUGCCACCUCCUCCAAGCAGUCUCAGAAGAAAACAGGCAGCACGGUACCAGUUGCACCUCCGCCGCCAGAGUCUCCAACGGCGAGAAGGAGCGGAAGUGGGCGGUGGACGCCAAGAGCCGCUAGCAGACUGAGUCGAGAGGCAGGAGUGGAUUCCCCAAGAUUCCAGAGGCAACUCACCGGUGAAAAGAUGGAUGGUGACGAGCUCCAGCAGGCCAAGAUGAGGCUCCGGCGAUCAAAUCCCAUUGCCUAAUUUGAAGAAGACUAUAAAUUCUAUUAAAAAGUGUACAAAAGCAUAUCUAAAAAAACCCAUUAAAAACACAAGAAGAUAACCAGGAAAAAAUCUCUCACAAAUAGAACCCCAAAAACUGAAACAAAAAAUUGAGAUAUUUUUCAGUCAAUUUAUUCCACACAGCCAUUCAAUUUGUUAUUUUUUUCCUUUUUUUAAUGAAUUGAGUUUCAGGUUUCCAACCCUAUUAGUGUUUUGUUCUUCUUGUAUGUGAUCAUACCAUUUAUUCAGUCGGUUGAUCCACCUUCUUUGUAAGAGAACAACAAAUAUGAUAAAAAGUAAAGAUUCAAUUUUCCCCCCAAAAAAGUUAAGUUUCGUUUCUCUCUACCACUAAAUUUAGGGUAAAUACAAUUUAAUAUCCAAACUUUUCAUUUUAAACAAUAUAAUAGCCAAACCUUUUCGAAAACAAUAUAAUAUCCAAAUCGUCAACUUUCCGUUCGUUUGACCGUUAGUUGACACUUCAAAAAAGCUUUGUUUAGGGGAAAUUGUCACAAUACAACUUUGUUUUCUUGUUUUGGCAUUGCAGAUGACUGAAUAUUUAGAUAUUUUAUACCAUCAUGGUGCAGUCAUAAACUUCUCGGGUUUGGAACUACGAUAUGUUGGUGGUUUUUCAGAGAAGAUAUCGAUGAAUAUUGAUGAAGUGUUAUACUUCGAACUUUUUUAAAGUGUCAACUAACGGUCAAACAGACAAAAAGUUGACGAUUUGGAUAUUAGAUUGUUUUCGAAAAGGUUUGGCUAUUAUAUUGUUUAAAAUAAAAGGUUUGGAUAUUA